AUGGCUAGAGGCCUAAAAUUAUGUUUGAUUAUAUCUACAGUAUUCUUAAUCAUUGUCACAGUUGUGAUACUAACUUUGAUUCUAACCAUCUUUAAGCCAAAGGAUCCUACUAUUAGUGUUGGUUUGCCUCACUUUAAUUUACUUUCACCAAAUAUAACCAUGAAUAUGACAUUAGGCAUGGUUAUCACAAUAUUGAACCCAAACUAUGGAAGCUUCAAGUAUCAAAAUUCCAUAGGCUAUGUCACUUAUCAUGAUACUGUUGUAGGAAAUGUUCCAAUUGAUUCACAACUUGUUCCAGCUCGUAGUGAAAUUAAUGUGACCACUAAUGCAGAUUUUAUGGUUGGAAAAUUGAUACAGAAUCCUAAAUUUUGGUCAGAUAUUGUACAGAAUGGAAUGGUGUUUAAUUUGACUUCAACAACUGAAUUACCUGGGAAAGCAAUUGUUUUGAAAUAUGUCAAAGUGAAGGCGAUAGCUUAUUGCUCAUGUAACAUCUCUGUUAAUAUAACUUCCAAUGGUGUUGAGAGCAAUUGUAUAUCUAGAAUCAAGUUUUUUUAG